CCUGUUGACAGACGACAGUAGUGAAGUAACCAAACCAACUUGUCUAUCUAUGGACCAAAUCUAUUGGCUUUAAGCAUGUCAACUUGUAUUUCUACUGUUUCAAUACACCCCGGAUAUUUUUAACGGAGUCCCGGAGUUUUAACGUUUUCGUUAACAACAAAAUAUCAAUAUCAGCUUUCAUAUAACGGCUGUUUAGUGUGAAGUUUAACUUGACCACGAGAAUGGCCGACUUUAUUGAAUCCGAAGCAGAGGAAAGUAGUGAGGAAGAGCUGGAGCCCCAUGAGCGCAAAAAGCCGAAAAAAGUUAAAGCAAUGGACGAUAGUUCUGAAGAAGAAGAAGAUGACGAUGAAAGACUAAGAGAGGAAUUAAAAGAUCUAAUUGAUGAUAACCCAAUUGAGGAAAGUGAUGGUGAAGACUCUGAUGCAUCACGUGGUCAGAAAAGAAAGAAAUCCGAUGAUGAAGAUCUUGAUGAUCGUUUAGAGGAUGAAGAUUACGAUUUGCUUGAGGAAAAUUUAGGUGUCAAAGUGGAGAGACGCCCCAAAUUCAAGAGACUGAAGAAGAUGCAGGAUGAAGAAAGUGACGGAGAAGAAGAGAACGAUGCUGAACAAGAUAGAGAGCAAAUAGCGAAUGAUCUUUUUUCAGAAGAUGAUGACGAAAGACAUUCAGAACGUAGCCAUCGGCCUGCUGCCGAACCUGAACAUUUUGGGGAGGAAGAGGAUGAGGGCGACUAUUCAGACGCUGAUGAUUUUAUUGUUGACGAUGAUGGGAAGCCUAUAGCAAAAAAGAAGAAGAAACCAAUCUUUUCCGACGCCGCGCUGCAGGAGGCCCAAGAAACAUUUGGAGUCGAUUUCGAUUAUGACGAAUUCUCUAAAUAUGAUGAUGAGUACGAUGAAGAGGAGGAGGACGAAGAAGACGAAUAUGAAGAAGAUGAAGAAGGCGAGAGAAGACGUCGUCAGAAGAAAGCAGCCAAGAAGCGGCCAACAAAAAAGUCAAUCUUUGAAAUUUACGAACCUUCAGAACUGAAAAGAGGGUUUUUCACCGAUUUGGACAAUGAAAUUCGAAGCACAGAUAUACCAGAAAGGUUGCAGCUACGCGACGUACCUCUUUCAGCUGUCCCAGACGAUUCCUCCGAACUAGACGACGAAUCGGAGUGGAUUUACAAACAAGCCUUUUGCAGGAGCACCGUAUCUAAUAUAGAUGCCAAUCUUACACAGGAAGCACGAGAUAAACAGCGCAAGGGCCCUCAGACAGUUGGAAAAAUUCGGAAAGCUUUAGACUUUAUGCGAAACCAACAACUGGAAGUGCCGUUUAUUGCUUUCUAUAGAAAAGAGUAUGUUCAGCCUGAAUUGAACAUCAACGACUUGUGGAAGGUGUACAGGUACGACGCGAAAUGGUGCCAAUUGAAAGGCCGGAAAGAAAAUCUACUCAAUCUACUGGAGAAAAUGAGAUCGUACCAAAUGGACCAGAUUAUGCAAGACCCGGAUGCACCUAUACCCGAUAAUGUCAGGUUGCUGAAAGAGUCUGAUAUUGAGUAUCUGAGAAACGUGCAAACUGCUGAAGAGCUUAACGACGUUCACAAUCACUUCAUACUGUAUUAUGCGCAGGAUUUACCAGCGAUGCACGCCGCCUGGAAGGUCAAAGAAAAGGAAAGAAAAAAACAGGAUAGGCGUCAAGCCAGAUUGAAAGCACUAGCUGAAGCUGAAGAUGGAGGCGCUGAGACCGUCGAAGACUUUCCGGACGAUGAGCAGAACAACGAUCCAGAGCCGGAAACUAUCAGAUAUGCAAAUCGAUCAGGAUCAUAUGCACUGUGCAUAAAAGCAGGACUGAAUUCGUUAGCUAAAAGAUUUGGUUUAUCUCCGGAACAUUUUGCUGAAAAUCUUCGCGACAAUUAUCAGCGACACGAGGUCGAUCAAGAGUUAACUGAGCCUGCUGAAUUAGCCAAAGAAUAUAUUUGCCCCAAGUUUCAGACAGUUGAGGAGGUUUUACAAGCUGUCAAAUACAUGGUAGCACUCCAAAUAGCCCGUGAGCCGCUUGUACGCAAAUGUGUGCGUGAAGUAUUCUACGAAAGAGCCAAAAUCAGCGUAGCUCCAACCAGAAAAGGUCAAAAAGUUAUCGACGAAUCGCACAAUUGCUAUGCCUUAAAGUAUAUAAAGAAUAAGCCGGUCAGAGACCUAACAGGAGAUCAGUUUCUAAAGUUAACACUUGCGGAAGAAGAACUGUUGGUGAAGAUUAAGAUCAGCGACAACAUUGAAGGCCACACUUCUAAUUCAUACUUUGAUGAAGUGAAGCAGCUGUACAUCCGUGACGAAUUCAGCAAAAACGUCCAGGAAUGGAAUAAAGUGCGUGCUGAAUGUGUUGAAAGAGCGCUGCUGCGUUGCGUAAUUCCCGAUUUGCAGUCGGAAAUCAAGCUUGUGCUUGUGAAUGAAGCUAAGGAAUUCGUCUUGAAGGCUUGCUGUCGCAAACUGUACAACUGGAUAAAAAUAUCGCCUUAUCAGGUCGAAUUCCCCGAGGAGGACGAAGACGAGUGGAACACCAGCAAAGGUAUUAGAGUGAUGGGUUUAGCGUAUGAACCGGAUUAUUCGCAAUCUGCAUUUACUUGUAUCUCAGCGCCUGAUGGUGAUAUAACUGAUUACCUGCGGCUGCCGCACAUUUUAAAGAGAAAGAACAGCUGGAGGCAGGAGGAAAAGUUACUGAAAGAAGCCGAUUUGAUGGCUCUACGGAACUUUAUUUAUUCGAAAAAACCGCACGUCAUAGCGAUUGGAGGAGAAUCGCGUGAAGCCCUAAUGAUCGCAGAGGACUUACGAGGCGUUGUGCAAGAACUGGUCGAAUCUGAACAAUUUCCCACUAUUAAAGUGGAAAUUAUUGACAAUGAGUUAGCCAAAGUAUAUGCAAAUUCGAAUAAAGGAGUCGCGGAUUUCCGGGACUACCCAGAGUUACUAAGGCAAGCCAUAUCUUUGGCUAGGAAAAUGCAGGAUCCGCUGAUCGAAUACUCACAACUGUGCAACAGCGAUGAGGAAAUUCUCAGUUUACGGUUUCACCCUUUGCAGGAGCAAAUCACAAAAGAGGAGCUCCUGGAAGCAUUGUGCUUGGAAUUUGUUAACCGUACCAAUGAAGUGGGAGUAGACGUCAAUCUCGCCGUUCAGCAAGUGCACAAGAGCCACCUGAUUCAGUUCAUUUGCGGUCUGGGGCCGAGAAAAGGCCAAGCUUUACUGAGGGUACUGAAGCAGACGAAUCAACGGCUAGAAAACAGAACGCAAUUGGUGACCGCGUGCCACAUGGGUCCCAAAGUUUUCAUUAAUUGUUCUGGCUUUAUUAAGAUCGACACGAACAGUCUAGGCGACAGCACCGAGGCGUACGUCGAAAUUCUCGACGGCUCCAGAGUGCAUCCCGAAACAUAUGAAUGGGCACGUAAAAUGGCUGUCGAUGCUCUGGAGUAUGACGAUGAUGAAGGGGCGAAUCCAGCCGGAGCUUUGGAGGCAAUUCUAGUGACGCCCGAACGGCUAAAGGAUCUCGAUUUGGACGCGUUCGCUGAGGAGCUGGAACGUCAAGGAUUUGGCAAUAAAAGCAUUACUUUGUACGAUAUUCGGGCCGAGUUGAACAGCCGCUACAAGGAUCUGCGAACGGCUUAUCGUCCCGCCAAUUCGGAGGAGCUGUUUGACAUGCUCACCAAAGAAUCGCCAGAUACUUUCUAUAUUGGAAAAAUGGUCCAGGCUAGUGUUAUUGGUAUUGCCCGCAGGAAACCACAAGGUGAACAACUGGACUCCGCCAAUCCUGUUCGUAACGAUGAAACUGGAUUGUGGCAAUGUCCUUUCUGCUUGAAAAAUGACUUUCCUGAAUUGUCCGAUGUGUGGAACCAUUUCGAUGCUGGCUCCUGUCCCGGACAGGCCACAGGAGUAAAACUGCGACUAGACAAUGGCAUUUCUGGCUACAUUUAUAUUAAGAAUUUGAGUGAUAAAACUGUGUCGAACCCAGAGGAACGGGUCGGCAUCGGUCAGCUGAUACACUGCCGAAUAAUCAAGAUUGAUGUCGAACGGUUCUCGGUUGACUGCACGUCGAAGUCGAGCGAUUUGCUAGAUAAAAACCACGAAUGGAGGCCCCCGAGAGAUCCGUAUUACGAUCAAGAUCAAGAAGACAAAGACAAUAGAAUGGAAGCCGAAAAGAAAAAGGACAAACAGAAGCAAACUUACAUUAAACGUGUGAUCGUUCAUCCUGCUUUUCAUAACAUUUCCUAUACGGAAGCAGAAAAGUGCAUGGCCGACAUGGACCAAGGAGAAGUAAUAGUCAGACCAUCGAGCAAAGGGGUUGAUCAUCUUACCAUUACCUGGAAGGUCGGAGAUGGGAUUUACCAACAUAUCGAUGUGAAAGAGCAAGGGAAAACGAACGCCUUUUCGCUGGGAAAGUCCCUUUGGAUUGGCAAUGAGGAGUUUGAAGAUCUAGAUGAGAUUAUUGCUCGUCACGUUAAUCCCAUGGCGUCUUAUGCCAGGGAUAUGCUUUAUUUCAGGUAUUACAAGGACACUAAUGGGGGUCUGAAGGAUAAAGCUGAAGACUACAUCAAAGACGAGAAGAAAAAAAACCCGGCCAAAAUUCACUACAUUGUGAGCGCGGCGAAAAACUACCCUGGCAAGUUUAUGUUGUCCUAUUUGCCCAGAUCUAAAGUGAAACAUGAAUAUGUCACCGUCACUCCCGAAGGCUUCCGCUUCAGACAACAAAUGUUCGAUUCUGUCUCAUCGCUGUUCAAAUGGUUUAAAGAGCAUUUUAGGGAUCCGAUUCCAGGUGGAACCCCCAGCACCCCUCGAAUGAGUGGCUCUAGUGGACGCACUCCCUAUCAAGGUACUGCUAGCACACCGUUCAAUAGCAUGAACGCAGAAACCAUUCAACGGGUCGCCCAGAAUUUGCCCAGUCACAUGUUACAAAGUUUGUCAGCUGUGGCCAAUCAAACUCCUCACUACCCGCAUACCCCCGGUGGAGCUUAUGGGGCCAAUUACCUGAACACCCCGUACACUCCCAGCGGACAGACACCAUUUAUGACCCCCUACCAGACUCCCCAUACACAACAGACACCGAGAUAUGGUCAAUCGACACCAUCGCCGAUGCAAUCGGUGCCUCCCGGAACAUUCCUGCAUCCGGGUUCAGUUACCCCAGCUAGUCAAAGUAGUCCGUUUUCCCGUAUGAGCCACCACCGAAGCGCCCCGGGGCACGGAUUACCAUCCAGGAACUCGGUCACAUCAAGUUCCUAUCGGUCGGGCGGAUACAGUCAUUCGGAACAGAUGGAUUGGCAGAAAGCUGCUGAAGCGUGGGCCGCAAGAAGUAGAGGUGAGUAGUGCCCGGUUUCUCAACAUUUGCCCUUAUUGGUUCCAUAACUAUGUAGUGUAUAAAGCCGUUAUAAUAAAGUGUUAUAAGACC